UUUCUUGGGUUCUCUUUUACCCGAAAAUCCGUAGAGGGAGCAUUCGUAGCAGAGGAGAGGACAAUAAUAGGUUUACAAAAAUGAAGAAGGAAAGUAGCUCUUUGAUGUCGAUUUUACUGCUGCUAUCACUCUCAUUUCUGGCUAGCUCGAAACGUCACGGAAACCCUGCUAGUGAAAUGGUAAACGUCUUGAACCAGAAUAGAACAGCCUGGAAACUUGGAAAACUAAAUGAGAGCCCUGGCCUUGGCUGCAUAGCCCUCCAGUAUGCUGAGCUCUGCCAAGAUAAUUGCAAUGUCAACAACACUUUGACCUGCGAACCUCCUGAAGACGACUUCACACAGGUUUUUGCCCCCAACUGUGGUGUAGAACUUCCCACUUUUGGUACCAUAACAGGCCACGUUCUCGGCGGCUGCGGCACCCACUAUGCGACCCCACAAGCCUCCUUCUCAGACAUUCUCUUCAGAGAUAACAAAUCCUUGUUGGUGCUCAGAAACAGGUCGCACACUGAGGUUGGAGUGGGAAUGGCUAGGUUGCAUAAAGGUACCUACUUUUGGUGCAUUCUGUUUAGUGAUGGUCGAACAAACUCUUCCUUUGCUCUGGAAGCCAAUGGCCGGGGAAUCAAACAAAGAAAAGGCUGCUACAGCGGAAGUGCUUUUUCUUGUAGCAAUGCACACACUAUUUGUAUGCGUCUUCUCAACAGCUGUCUGGCCAUUCUUUUGUCUUCCUUCUGUCUAUUUAGACAUUAUUGUUGGUGUCCUUUUUUCUAAGUGUGUGUAGUUUCUUUAACCUAAAUAAUGAAAGACUAGUGAGUCACCUGUUGUAGCUGAAA